CUAAUUAAGAAAGACUUACAACUUUUUUGUAAAAAUACCUGAAGUGAAAUAAUUGCAAGAAGCCAUAAAUUGUGUGUAUAUAGGCCUAUAGAUGUAUCUGUAAAUGUGAAUUUUGCUGAAGUGAGAAAAUAAAGAAAUUGGCCGAAGAAAUGAUUGUAUUUUUUCACUUACGAAAAGUUGGAUGAUGUUUCAAUGGUGAUGUUGAAAAACAGAGAGUGACCUGAAAUAAAAGUAGACAAGCUGAAAUUUGAUCCUAAGCUUUGUGCAAUGCCCUUCUGUUUGGAACAAGAGUUAAAUUGGAAAUUUUGUCUAUCACUACAAGCAGCUUGAUGCUCAUAAGGAGUGUUGAAAGGCUGAGGUGGAACUGGAGGAAUGACUGAAGAGAGAUCGUUCAGGAGCAUAUUUGAGAAGAAUACCAACCCGUGAAUGCGUUGUGAAAUUUGACGUCACAUGAGUUGAGAUUCAUCAAAAGACGGUAUGUGUCUUUAUUAUUUGUUGAUUGUUGCUUAUUAAUUGCAAACAUUUUGGCUAUCAUACUGAUAUAUCCGGACGGUGCAUGUGUUUCAGAGUCUCCUAUUGAAGAUGAACUCGACGAUACCUAUGAACUUGUUGUACUACAGAACCGAUUAAAUGGUUAUGGUUGGUAUUGAAAAUGCAAGUGGAUAGUUUUAGAACUUUGAUAUUUAGCUUAAUGUGUUUCACUUUUUUCCGAAUUAAUGGGGAGUUCAUUGGCACAUAUUUAUGUCCCAAAUCUUGGGUGUCGCAGCAAUCAAUUUGCUGGAAAAGUUUCAACGAAUCAGACUAUUGUGGUGCAGUAGAAACUUGCAGCUUUUAUGGGACCAGCUUGUCAAACACAACAUCAUCUUUUGUUGCAAACGCGACGAACGACUUUUGGACUUACGAUAACUUGUUUAUACAGGAUACGAAGAACAAAUCGUGCUAUACCAGGAACAACUCCACUUUGACAUUCUGUCCGGUUACAUUUGUAAAUGGUUCUCUUGGGACCUCAAAUUGCGCUGACAAUGAGCGGUACAUAUGCCGGUCAAAAUCCAGAGAGAAAGAAAUAGGAUUUGGAAAUGGCAAAAUCAAGAAUAAAGAUUUAUCGAGUUCGACUUUCUACAAAUCUGAUUACGAGCCUAUCCAAUAUCGACCUUGGUUUGCAAGGUUGAGUCAACCUUACGUCGUUGGCACUGCUACUCAAGGCGGAUGGUGCUCAUUUAACAUAUCUGGUGAAGAAUAUUUUGAGGUCAAUUUUGAAGAAACAAUUCUAGUUACAAUGGUCGCAACACAAGGCGUUCAAAGUAGGGAUUGUGACUACUGGCUCACAUUCUUUAAUGUGUCGUAUUUAUCUCCUUUAAAUGAAUGGAUUGAUUACUCGGUUAACGGUACAGCUAAAACCUUUACUGGGAAUAAAAAUGGCGACGAUAUUGUAAAUGUAACAUUUUCGGAGCCUUUUCUCUCUCGUAAGUUGCGCGUUCUCCCAACUGGUUCAGGUGACAGCUGUUCAGCUUCUGGAAAGAGAUUUUGUCUGCGGAUGGAAGUUUAUGGCAUUAAUCUGAGGUCGUUUGCAGGGAAAGAGGUAACAUUAAAGCAAGAAAAUGCUAAAAUCACUCCGUUUACUGACAAGACAGUUUAUGAUUCGCAUAUACAUUGGCCAUCGUCUAUUUAUGCGCUGCCAAAACCAAAGAGUGGUUGCCCAAGAGGCAGUCAGUGGGACUACGGUUAUGUUUUGCAUGACGUCAAAAUUAUACAAAGCAACAACAAAUCUUUGGAUUCAAGCACAAAUCUGCUGAAUACGGUUUCUUCUCGUUUCUUCGUUGAAGAGUUCUGCACGAAGACUGUCCAGAUGGAUCGGCAGGGGACCUCAUUUCCAGCAGGCCAGUACUGUAUCUACAAAGUUGGCGAGCAAUGCCCGUUGGGGUUUCAAGCUGGGAGCAUACGAUUUUUUGAAAACAGCUCCAAUUGGAAUUCUUCAUGGAGUCAUUCUUAUGGAAAUUCUCCAAAAACCCAGAUCAACUAUAAUGCAAGUGACGUCAACUGCUGCUUCACAGAGGUCUUUUACUGUUGCAGAAAUGACACAUCUUCUGACAAACUGCAGCUUCCAUCGUCAAUGCCAUUUUAUUUGAUUCCAUCGACGAACACAUGCCCCGAAGUUGAAAAUACGCAGAACUCAAGAGAGCAUGUAGAUAUUGAAAUUGGGAAAGCUCAUUUUGACCUGUAUAGUGUUGGCUUUGGUUUUCAUCCCUUUAUAGUUUUACUUACUACAGGUCUAGAAAACAGAAAGGUCAUGCGAUAUCAUCUCUGUUACUACGAGCCACUGGUUACAAAUUCGACACACGUUGAACUUUUACUGGAACCUAAGACUUGUGUUAUCAAUGCCAACUACGCACUUGAUUUACAAAUAUCUAUGCUUUUUAACGACAGCUCAAUUCAGUAUGGAGAAUAUUCCGUUGUCAGCUAUAGCAUUUCAGUUGCAGCGAACUGCAGUGUUUUUGCCACCCAAAAUUCUUUCAACUCUACAAACGGUAUAGCGCUUUAUGGUGGAAGUCUUUGUCCUGGCGAGGAUUGCAAUAUGCGUGUGAAUGGAAUGCUAGAAAUAAAAGGAAUGCUUCCAUCAAGAAAGAUCGUAAAUGCCUCCGUCAAUUGCAUUAUAUUGUCAAACACAAAUAUCUUGAUUUUUGUUGACAAUGAAACACUUCAGGCUUGGCCUUCACUUAAGACUGAGCUGCUUCUUCUUCAGACAAAGUUAAAUACUCAUUAUGUUGGACCCAAAAGGAAUAUCAUUUUGUCACUAUUUGCUUACAAGCAUGCUUAUGAUGUUGUUAAAAAGCUCAGGGACUUCAAAGAUAAAGAAAAAAGCGACCCUGACACGUUCCAUAGUAUCAUAGCCCCAAAUGCUGGUAAAAUAAGCACAACUUUAAGCUCGUUCGCAGGUAUCUACAACAUUCCAUUCUUGACAGGACAAACUAAUGCAGAUCAAAUAAACGUCUUAAACGAAGUGACACUCCAAAUAGAUACCACAUAUACCAGCGGAUUCUACAUAGCCUUGAAGAGCAUUAAAGAGAUCAAUAUAACAGAAGUGGUAGUAGUACGUUCACAGAAACUUCGAAUCACACCUAGCCUUGCAUAUUACUUGAUGAAGUUCAGAAUCGCUGUUUCCAAGGAUCUGGUAAUGUCUGAACGUGCAAGUGUAGCUGAUAUAACCAAAACACUAACAAUCUUAUCAAAAAAGAAGACAAAUAUUUAUUUUAUUGUAGACGAAGCAACAUCCGCUAACCUAUUUGUAGCUGCAGUACAAUUAGGCAUCAGCCCAAAAGACGGAUAUACAUGGAUAUCUGGCUCAAGGACUGGCACAUUUGAGUAUGGCGUUGGCUCGAGGUUGUGCUAUAAAUUGAGGCCAGUUAGUUGCGGUGCAGCAUUCAGGGGUGUUAUGGUAUUCAAUGGUUAUUCGUCUUUAUCAGCAGCACCUCUUGCAUCAUACAUAGAGGAUGCCACUGUAAGUAUUGACUCUGUUGCUAUGAAAGACAAAAACAGUGGUCUAAAUGCUUUAUUGCUCAAAGACAUGAUCCUAGAUGGGGCUGAAUCCAUAAAAGAAAGUAUUCAAAUUUUGACAAACAGAAGUGAGACAAUUAGAACUGACAGUAUGUUGUCACUGAUUCAGGAACGUAAGCUACAAAGACUGGUAGGUUUAAGAUAUUUUGCCAAUCAAAGGGAAGGAGCUCAUGACAAUAACUCGCUCGCCUGUCAAAUUGGUUGGACAGGGGCAAAUUGCAGCCUCCCUCACUGUGUAGACCACCACUGCUCAUUUGAGAAAGGCAGAUGCGUUGCAUUUGAGACCUGUGAAUGCUUGCCUGGAUUUUACGGCAAAGACUGCUCUGGAAUUUGCAAAAGCAGAUGUAAACAUGGUGUUUGUAAUGAUGGGGCAUUAGGUGAUGGCACUUGUCUUGAAUGCAACUGGCUAUACGAAGGUGUGUAUUGUGACAAAGCCACGGUACUUCAAGCAUUGGUAGCAUCUUGUCUCGGGACUUUAAUGGUAGUUAUAAUUGUUACUUGCUACCUUUUGAAAGUUUGCCGGCCGAGUCACAGCAACUUGAACGUCGGAGACAAUAAUGAAACAUAUUGGAUUGUCGACUGGGGUGCGUUCACUGAGUUCGAGCAGCAGCACCUUGACAAAGAUAUGGUUGUAAGGCACUUGUCAGAGAAGAUGAAUACACUCAUUAUUACAAAGCAAAGCUAA